CUGGAGUACACCUUCAACUUUCUGCUGCAUCAGCAACCACGCCCUCUUCGGCGAAUAUUUGGUGAAUAAGGCAUCUUGGAGAGCGCUUACCACAACAGAUCACUACUCUGAUCACCAUGGCAACUAACUUCACCCCAGACCAACAAUGUGAAGGAAAGGAGUGUCAAUCAAUCACAGAUGUGACGUACUACGUGGAGGAGAAGAAGAGACUCUGUCAUGACUGCGCCUCAAAAGGAUGCAUCGCAAGAGUUGUAAGGGGUGUACCAAAUACUUAUUGUGAAGAACAUAAUGAAAAGGUAAAAUUAUUUUGUGAAAGUCAUGGCAAACCAUUGUGUGCUUUUUGUGCAGUAGAUCAUUUAGACCCAUGUGUGCGACAAAAUAUGGAUAUCGCAAUCGUAGACCUUCAAGCAAAACUUGCGAGCAUAAAAGAAAAAGGGAGGGACAAAUUAAAAGAAGGUCGUCUUUAUGAAGAUGAAAUUGACCAAUGUACGAAAGACACAAACACCCAUCUACAAGCUUUGAAAGAUGAAGUUAAUUCCAUAAUCAAGGAGGCGAUCAACACAGAUAAAAUCAAAGAGAAGAUGGAGACUGACAAAAUCAACCAAGAAUUCGAUGAUCAGAAUCAAGUACUUCAAGAAGAGAUUCUGAAGAUCAAUGAGAAGAUUCGAAAGAACAAUGAAGAGAGAGAGAAACAACUUGAAUUAAUCCAUACAAAUGCACAGAUUAGACAAAGACACAUAGACAAUAAGAAGAUUGGCCUUGAUAGAGACAUUGAUAACAUUGUUAAAGAGAAGGAUAGGAAGAUCAGAGAGUUGAUGAAAUCACUGCAGGAUGACACAAAAACAAUAGAGAAUGCAAUACAGACCAUAGAUACAGUACUAGAAGACGAUAAAAACAUUGUUAAAGAUGGUCAUAGUGUGAACAUGUCAGUGAGUGAUAAACUAAAGAAACCACUUUAUAAGAAUGAUGUGAAACAAAUCACUGAUAAAAUAUCAGGUGUUAGGUUUGUGAAGGGUGUUGGGAGAGAUAAGUAUGAUGGUAGGAUUGGUGGGUAUGAUGGCGAGUGGAUGCCUAGUGAUACAAUCAGUGUCAAAGAUGAAAUCACAUACCCACGGAUUGUUGGUUGCAUAGAUGAAUGUAAUGUGAUCAUCACCGACAGAGUCUCAGGUAGCCGGCAUACAUACAUGUUAGAUAUAAACACUAAACACACUCAGAGAGUGAUAACAGGUACUGAUGCAUCACGUGUUAUCUCAUGUACAUUACUGAAUGAUGACAAGAUAGUAUGUGGUAGACGCUGUGAAGGUUGUACAGGGAAAUGUUUGACUGGAUGCAUCAGUGUGUAUGACAGACAAUGGAUGCACAUCAAUGACGUCACAAUACCAAGAAACACAACGCACGAUAUCUCUUGGGUGGAUGUAGCUGUUGACCGUGAUGGGAUGAUCAUCGCUACUGAGUUGGGUCAGUCUAAGAUAUACGUCAUUAACCCAGCUGAUAGUAAGAUCGUGAAUACCAUCAAAUGUAAACAGAAAGUAGUGAUGCGAGAUUUGCUAUCAUCAGGUCACAUCAUCGCUCAACCUUACCCUCUUGUUAAGAGAGUACUAAUCAUAGACAGACAGGGUGGUAAAAGGGAAAUCUCCCACAGUGAUGUCAUCUUGAAUGUCAGUGUUGAUCCUAUAACAGACGACCUGUACGUCGUGACAUCAGAUGAUGAGUACAAUACGUGUGUGAUUGAUCCGGUGAUGAGAGGGAAUGAAGUGAACGAGAGAAGAGUGACGUCAUUCCCUCUAUCAACUAGACUGACUGGUAAGGAUGAUAGGUUGAAUCACCUUUCAUUAUCUCGUGUAAUGAUCUCAUCAUCAGGCAAGAUCAUUACUUGUGAUGGAGAUAGUAUUCUUGUUUUCGAAAAGCGACUCACAUUCUGAACGAUGAUAUGUCGGGAUCAUUCACUAUGAUGAAUAUGAGACACACUGACCAGAACAAUACCAUCUUUGGAUAAUUUAAAUAUCUGUAGCAGUGAGGCCUAAUAAGACCUAAUAACUCUGAUCCAUUUUACACAUCACGGUUCACAAUAGGCAUUGCUUAAAAAAACAUAAACCCCAUAAAACUCCCGUAUCCAAGAACAUGUAUCAUGCAUGUGGAAAUAGGUUUCUAUAUCAUUGGUUGAAAAUGUAAUUGGCGAGGUCAUAUUACAUAUAACAUGACAAGGCCGUCAUCAUUAUCAAGCCCACACGCUCACGAUAGAUUUUUCUUUAAAAAUUAUUGUUUUGUAAAAUGUAUAAUACAUCUUAUUGAUAUUCAUAUACACUGCUUAUAUUACGACUAAUACUGCAGUUUUGUUUUUAUAAUACCUUUGUAUAUUUAGAAAUUUUGAUACCGAUGUAAAUGCAGAAAUAAAAUGAAAUCAAAACAAAUAAUGUCAUAAUGGCAUAAUGCCAUAUUUUAUAUUUCCAUAUUUUCCAGUAUUUGAAAGAUAGAUAACCAAACACACUCACGAUUUGAAGGUGCAGACAUUGAUCAGAUUCUACUGAGUGCGGUGGCUGAACAAAUUUAGUCAAGAAUUUACAAGAAUCCAUAGAUUUAUCGUAAAAUUGAACAAAGAUAUAUAUAAACAAAUAGAUUAGAAUCAUUCACCCUCGAUUGUACUGGUAAUCCUCAAGAGCGAAUGAAAUAUGCAUUUUUUUUUCAUGGACAAUGUUGAACUUACUUCCACAAAAAAAGCCAUGAGCCUGUCAGACUUUUAAUUUAAACAUUGGUGUCACAGCUCUGUUUCAAUUAGGUUUCUAUCAGCGAACAGACUAAGAGCAAAACACUGACAAGAUUGAAUUGAAUACGAUUCAAUGUAGAUUUCUUAAUUUUGACCUUUUUAGUGCAAACAUUUAUAGGGAGGCCGUCGCAUGAAAUAAUCCCUUUUUAGUAUAUAUUUACUGGCCGAGUGCGUUUUCCUGAAAUAUGUUUUCCGUGUACAUCAUUCUUUAUUAAAAACAAAGGAAUAAUUAUAUGCAAGAUUUAAUCAAUUCAACGGUGUAUAUGAAGUAAAUAACGUAGUAAGAUUAAGGGAACUUGGCGUGCGAAGUCGACUGCUAAUUGCAAACACAGAUAAUUAUGGAACUUAACUAUACGCGAUACACAUUUAAGGGGGACACAUACAUGUUUAUGUUAUGUUGCAUGGAUAACUGGCAUGGAGAGGGGGGAUGUUACAUUUGUGGGUGUUACAUGGACCUAGUAGGAAGGUAAAGGGAAGAAGAUUGGACAGAAAGGAAUG